GCGGCCCUUCCACAUUCCAUCCGGGGGCGGCGGCGGUCUUAUAGCGGAGUCACCGUGCGAGCGGCUCUCCCGUCCCCUUUUACGACGACCGCGGAGGGCCGCGCCUCUGUCGCGACAGAGGAAGCGCUCGCUGCCCGCCCGGCAGCGGCCGCGGCUCCGUGAGGGUGGCAGAAUUUGAAUGCCUUACAAGACAGCGAUGGCUUUUUCUCUAGAAUUUGAAUAUGGAGGCCACAGGGACAGAUGAAGUAGAAAAGAUAAAAUCAAAGUUUAUGUCUGCAUGGCACAACAUGAAAUACAGUUGGGUGUUGAAAACAAAAACUUACUUCAGUAGAAACUCUCCAGUCUUUCUCCUGGGAAAAUGUUACCACUUCAAAACUGAUGAAUCUGGUGAACUCUGUACAGAUGGGUCCAAUUUUGAUAAAAUCACCGUGGAGAUUUCAGGAAAUGUCGAGGAGUUCCGUAAAGAUUUUAUUUCUAGAAUAUGGCUGACAUACAGAGAGGAAUUUCCACAGAUCAAGGGGUCUGCAUUAACAACAGACUGCGGUUGGGGUUGCACCCUGAGAACUGGUCAAAUGCUGCUGGCUCAAGGUCUGAUGCUUCAUUUUCUUGGUCGAGCCUGGGUCUGGCCAGAAGCCUUGGACAUUGACAAUUCAGAGGCUGAAUCCUGGACAGCCCACACAGUGAAAAAGCUGACAGCAUCCUUUGAAGCAUCACUUACAGCAGAAAGAGAACCCAAGAUCCUGUCAAACCAUCACCGGGGAACAUUCCAGAGAAACUGUGAUGACAGUGAAAGGAGGAAUGAAGUUUAUCAUAGAAAAAUAAUUUCUUGGUUUGGUGACUCUCCACUGGCAGCUUUUGGCUUGCAUCAGCUGAUAGAAUAUGGCAAGAAGUCAGGAAAAAUUGCUGGGGAUUGGUAUGGGCCUGCAGUGGUUGCACACAUUUUGAGAAAAGCUGUUGAAGAAGCAAGAGACCCUGAGCUACAAGGAUUAACAGUCUAUGUUGCUCAGGAUUGUACAGUCUACAUUUCAGAUGUUAUUGACAGACAGUGUUCUGCUUUGGGUUCUGGCAAAGCAGACACAAAAGCUGUAAUUAUAUUGGUGCCUGUGAGACUUGGUGGAGAGAGAACAAACAUGGACUACAUAGAGUUUGUAAAGGGAAUUUUAAGCCUUGAGUAUUGUGUUGGCAUCAUUGGUGGCAAACCCAAGCAGUCAUACUACUUCAAUGGAUUUCAAGAUGACAGUUUGAUUUACAUGGAUCCUCAUUACUGCCAAUCUUUUGUAGAUGUCAGCAUAAAGGAUUUCCCUCUUGAGUCAUUCCACUGUCCUUCUCCUAAAAAGAUGUCAUUCAAAAAAAUGGAUCCGAGCUGCACAAUAGGAUUUUAUUGUAGGACUGUGCAGGACUUUGAGAAGGCUUCUGAAGAAAUAACCAAGAUGCUGAAAUCUUCAUCUAAGGAGAAAUAUCCCUUGUUUACUUUUGUAAAGGGUCACUCUAAAGACUAUGACUUUGCUUCCAGUCCACUCCGUGAAGAAAAUGCUCUUUUUUCAGAGGAUGAAAAGAAAAGAUUAAAAAGAUUUAGUACAGAGGAGUUUGUCUUGCUUUAAGGACGUUUUACACAAGAUUAUUGGCAGCUGUCCAGAGGAACUCUUGCCUUUUAAAAAGCAAAAAAAUAAAAAAUACCUGUCCUCCUCCCCUCAGAAGGCAAGCUUGUGCUGAAAUGGCUCUAUUUUCAUAAAGAUGAUAAUAUUUUAUAUGUUAAUGGUCUUCAAAAUGUCAUUUAUAAAUGUACUAAUUAUUUUUGUUCAGUUUAAUGUCACGUUGUGCUGAUGAAGACAGAAGGCAUGGAUUAGAACCAGGUAUGCUGAAAUCUCUUAAGUCUUAAAAAGCUUGGCCAGUCCCUACAGCCUGACUUGGACCCUGCUGUCCUGUCAGACCAGGACGAGUCCUGAGCAGAUCUGCUGCAUACAUGGGGGUUGAUGUCCUGGGUGUGUUCUGUAGAUUUUGAGACCUUUUUUUUUAUUUCUGUUUGGCAGCAAUACUUGAGUUGUGUGUCUGUGGGAAGGGCAGAACCCCAUCUGCCUGCUGCCCAAGCCUCAGGGGGAGUUCAGGGCUGCAGCCUGAGCAGCACAGGGGGGAAAGGGAAGUUGGAGCUCUCAGCAGUAAUUGUCAGUUGCAAUACUGAGGUAAUUAUAUAGGCUGAAUUGUGAGCUAAGAUACUAUUUAGCACUAUGAUUUUCUAAUGGUUUCUCAUUAAGCUUGCUUUGGAGCCGUAAUCUGAGGAGCAAAGAUAAAGUAUUACUUUUCCUCACAGUUUUUAGAGGUUAUCCUGUUAAUAUUAACUGCAACCAAUCAGAGCAGCUAAGGACAAUUACAGAAGAGAGUGGUGUUUGUUUCCUCUUCAGCUACUGUAAGGCUGAGGCUUCUCUCCUCUUAGUGCAGCUUUUAAAUCAAAGCAAAUGGAGGAGUGGGUGUUAAAAAUUCUGGGCUGUGAUUAUUUUUUUUUAAUUAUUUUUUUAUAAAUGUUAUUACUGUACAAAUGAUUACUUGAUGGUGUGUGUUCUCAGACUGCAAACAAAUGUACAGGAAUAGUUUCAUGUUUUAACCAAAUGCAAUAUUUAAAAUCCCUAUUAACACUGCUUGGAGAAUAAAAAAAGGUGUGAAAACAUUAAGUGCAUGAGCCUUUUCUAUUAAUAUUAGAUCUUCUAGGAGUGAAUAUAAUCUGGCAUCUAAACCAAUAUUGUAAGGUGUGAAUACUCUGUUUAUUUGCAAUAAAGGCAGAUUUUAUUGUUGUGCUGUAAA